AAUUUUUAUUAGGAAAAUAAUUUUAUAAAAUUUUUUAUUAACAAAAUAAUUUUUUAUGGUCACAAAAACGAUUAUGAAUUAAAUUGUGCGACUAUAAAUAAUUAUUAUCGCAAAACCACCAUAAAUUUAUUUUGUGGGAGUACAUAGAGUAAAAAUUAAGUGAUAUUGCAAAUUUUAAUAUUUUAAAUGGUUUAGUUUGACAAAUUUCUUGUUUGGUUGUCGAGAAAAAAGUAAAGAGCGAAAAUUGAAGGAUAAAUUCUCCCCUUCUUUGUGCAAUCUCUGGUUAUCCAAAUUUUGUCUUCAUCAGUACGUUCAUUCUAUGAAAAUUUCUAAAUUUUAAGAGAUUUUCUAAUUUCCUUUUUGCUCAGCAAUUUCUCAAUAUCCAAAUAGUACCAAUAAAUUUAACCCCUUUACUUUUUUUACCCUUUACAACUAAUCUAUUAAGAAUUAGGGUUUUGAAUUUUGAUUAUUGAACUUUACCUUCUUGUAUCAUCUAAUUUUGAAAUUUUUCACUUAACUUGAUUGGUGCUUCGGUUUGGUUUGCACACAACCUAGCAAUGGCAACAGCUACUUACCCGCCACCACCACCAUAUUACCGUCUCUAUAAAGAUUAUCUUCAAGACCCUAAAUCGGCUCCGGCGCCUCCUCCGCCAGUUGUAGGGACAUAUGUCUGUUUUGGGAGCACCUACACCACCGAUGACAUACUUCCAAGUUUGGAAGAACAGGGUGUGCGGCAGUUAUAUCCAAAGGGAUCAAAUAUUGAUUUUAAGAAGGAAUUGAGGACGCUUAACAGAGAUUUGCUGCUCCACAUUUUGGAACUUGCUGAUGUUCUAGUGUCCCGACCAUCGCAAUAUGCAAGGAGAGUCGAGGAUAUAUCUCUUAUAUUCAAAAACUUACAUCAUCUCCUCAAUUCAUUACGGCCUCACCAGGCUAGAGCAACACUCAUUCAUAUUCUAGAACUUCAGAUACAACGUCGUAAACAAGCUGUGGAAGAUAUUAAACGGUAUUGUUUCAUGGAUUUACUGAGUUACUCAAUGAGUAAUUUCUAUGAUGAAAUUGUCUCAUUUGUUAUUUCAUCGCAGGCAUUGAAAGGGAAAGCUUUUCUCAUUAUUAUUUCUGAACAUUUUUUUUUUGACUUUUUCUGGGAUUUGUGUAGGAGGAGAGAAGAAGCACAGAAACUUCUCAAGGAGUCCCUUGGAGCAUUCGAAGCACAGUGACAGAUAAAAUAUGCCCUUAUGGCGAAAUUGUGAACUUCCAUUGUGAUUCUGCUGACAUAAUUGAAUCUUCUUCUAGUAUUUAGUCUGGUUUGUUACAUAUUACUAUGUUAUGCAUUAGAAUUAGAUGUGUCUUCUCUUUCCUCUUUUCUUCAUUUUGUUUUGUAUCCUAUAUUUUAGAAAGUUGAGUUCCUUGUAUACAAUAUGUACUCUGUCUUUUUUGAAUGAAGUUUAAAGUUAAAUAAAUACUCUAGUUUAUCAGCUAGAUUUUAUAAA